AUGGACAAGGCCUUGAAUCGCUCAUUCUUGGAGCGCCAUAGGCCGUCACUGCUGGUCUUGGCCUCGCAGAUAUCGGCGGCAGCACUCAACGGCUUGGCAAAGUUUCUCGAGACUGGCGAUGAGCCCGUACACCCAUUUCAAGUUUUGUUCGUUCGUUUUCUCAUCACUGGCAUUGGGUCGACGAUAGUCCUAUGGCGCACGCAGGCAACCGGUUUCCCAUGGGGCCUUCCUGAAUUGAGGCCGCUGCUGGCCUUGAGGGCUGCAGCAGGCGUAUUCGGCGCAUUCGGGUUUUACUUCUCCAUCAUGUACCUCAAGCUCAGCGAGGCUACGGCCCUGAACUUCCUCGGUCCUCUUGCUGCCAUGAUCUUGACAAGGUAUCUCGACUUUGGCACUUUUGAAGUGGUUGAUCGGGUCGGCUCUCUCAUCGCGCUGCUCGGCGUCAUCCUUGUCGUGCAGCCGGACGGCUUGUUCGAUCACAAGGCUGCCAUUAUGAGCGCUGCCCAGACUGUCGCCGAUGGCGAUUCAAAGGGACGCAUGAUGGGCUUUGGAUUCGGCCUUCUCAGUGUGUGCGGAGGAGCAGUCGCAUUGACUGCAAUCCGCUGCAUCGGCCCCAGGGCUCAUCCUCUCUUCAGCGUCAACUACUUCGCCUGGACCGUGGUCGCCCUCACCACCACAUCUUUUUUCCUCAUGAAGAGCAUCAAUCUCACGCGGAAUCCCAUCGCAUGGCUGAAAUUGACGCCACUUGGUAUCUUUGGUUUCACGAUGGAGUACCUUCUGACAGCAGGCAUCGCGAAUGAUUCUUCAUCGGCUGCGACUAUUAUGAUUUACUCGCAGGUAUUGUGGGCGCUGAUGCUCGAUUGGAUUAUUUGGCGAAACAGUGUCAAUCUUCUGGCGAUGAUAGGCAUCGCAAGUGUCGUGACGAGUCUUUUUGUUGUUUCGUCUGCGAAGGAGUGGGCAUGGUUUCGUAAGGCCAAGUAUCACGCUAUUGAACCGAGUAUCUCGGAGGAGGAGGAUUCUGAUGAGGAGCUGGUCGAGAUGAACCCGAGUAGAUCGGUGGUAUAA